AUGUGCAGGGCUAAGUAUUUGUUCGCCCUUGCCGUGUGUGUGAUUGCCCUUCUGAUGAAGGGGCAUUCCUACAGAAAGUGCACCCGCAGUGAGGUUCCCCAGGGAAAGCUCUCUCUUUUUCUCGAGACAAAGCUGGCCGACUUGGGAACAGCCGACCCCCCCUACACCGUUUUCAACUUCGCAACGGAAGCUGCCAACACCACUGACGUGUUAGAGGAUGAGCUCAGGAGAAAGGAGAACAAAGCCAUGAGGCGAUUCAGGCACGACUUAGUAGGGAAAGAGAAGUUCAGCGAGAGGGUCCUCAGCUGCAUCGGAGGGGUUCAUGUUUUUAGAGAAAAGAAGGAGCGAACCGCAAACUUCCUAGCCAGCCUUUUGAAAGACUCCCUACAGUUUUUCGACCCCAAGGCAUGA